AUGGAACGCCCACCCCCGCACUCCGUCCAAGCCAUCAGUGCAAAACGCGCCGGCGGGAAGAAAGUGCCCAAACAGUAUCGCAAGUACCACCAGAACCACAAGAAGAACAGCAAGACAAAAGGCAAUAUCGCUAGCAAAGUAGCGCACAAUCUGAUCCGCGGGGUAAGACAAAUUGUCGAGUCGCUCUAG